AAAAAGAGGGUGUGGCUUCGGUGUAACGUUAAUUUCGAAACUGUGAUGAGCAGCCCCUGCAUUUGCUGCUUCUAGCAGAUCUGACCAGACGCGUUUCUGUCUCCGUCUGAGAUAACGAACUCGGAUAGAUCAGCCAUGGCCGUCCAACAUCAGCCCACCCAGGUGGUGACAAUGACCACCACCCAACAAGGUCCAUCGACAUGGAGCUCCGACAUGUGCGAUUGCUGCUCCGACAUGGGAACCUGUUGCUGUGGAAUGUGGUGCUUCCCGUGCAUGCAGUGUCAGACCGCCCAGAUGAACGGCUGGUGCUGCUGCAUGCCGCUGCUGGACUUCUGCUGCGUGGUGUCCUGCCUGCUCCGCUCCUCCAUUAGAGAGCGCCACAACAUCCCUGGCUCGUUCUGUGACGACUGCUGCAAACUACUCUGGUGUUACACGUGCGUCUGGUGCCAGAUGAAUCGGGAGCUGAAGGUCAGGGGAAGAUACGCGAACGCCACCACCUCUGUGGUCACCACUCAGGUUAUGAGUGGUUAGCGUGCAACCAGUGUUGAUCCCCACUGUUCUUUUCAAAGUCACGUAUGGUAUAAUAACCCACUUCAAAAAACAAACCAAAAAAAUGUUGUUGUUGUAUUGUUGUAAGAUGAAAGACAAGAUAUUUGGCCACAGAAUUUUCUGUACAGGUAUUUAGUUGGGCUAUUCAUGCUAGUUUUCUGACAUUUAUUUCCAAUAAAAUCCAUUCCAUUUCAGUCAA